AAUAAACAUUUCAACGGGCAAAAAUAAACCAACAAAUGAUUUUGAAAUAUAUAUAUAUAUAUUCUUGGUUGGUCGUCACGUGGUAAUUAAAUUUCACGUCAUGUCAAGUGUGUGAUUUCAAAAGUCUCUGUGUUGGGAUAUGAAGUGGGGUCAGAAGAUUUGUGUAUGAUUAUGGCAAGGAAAUAUCUCAGAAAAGUAAUUCUAGGUUCUUUACAGCAGAGGGAGCCAUUGCGCUAUUCUGCUCUGAAAUAAAUCGGUGUCACAAGCUGAUGACGUCAAAGCGAAAUUAAAACAAAAAGCAACACAUCUAAGACACAUUUAAUAAACAACAGUCAAUGAAAGCAGCACGUGCUAUAGCUGAUGAGCUCGCGAUCCGUCAUCGGCAAGCUGUUUAUAACUCUAACAAGAAUCAAGUAUGCUUUAGAUUUUAGUAUAGAUACGUUUCGCUUGCUUCAGAUCAGUCUGAAUUAAGACUAGACAAGGAAGAACAGUUCUGUUCAUUCGUAUCUUAAAAACCCCACUCAGUCAACUUUGCUACAUAUAUAUCCACACAGGUUCUCCAUUUUCCUCUCACCCAAAUGGAGCUCGCAAAAACAUGCCACUGUCUACGCCAUUUUGGCUCGAGGUCGCCAAAGAAAACAACAUGGAAGCUUCCUUCGGAAGAGCCACAAUGGCGCCAGUUUCACCGUUGCAACGGGGAACAAACAGUGACCGCCCAUUCGCGUCAGCCUAUCACAGUCCGCGUAUCAACUCCUCGCGUCCGCUCUUCGUCAGCGCGAGUCAAAGGCCGAUCGAAACGGUUCGGAAGGAGUCGGACGUGGAGGAUUAACUUGAAGCGGAAUUUUAUUUUUACACCUCAAAUCAAGCCAAAUCAGCAAACUUAACGUUACUGAGACCCGUGGACUUUUAAAGCGACGUAUGGAGAGUUCAUAACCCUUUCCAUUACCAGUUUAUCGGAGCCCUGAGAGAUUUUAAUCAUCGCAUUUUUUGGAGGAGGUAAUCAGUGAUUAGCUUAGCACGCUGGCGCGAGCGCGGACUGAGAUGAGCGUCGCGCGCCUCGGAUGUUCCCGCAUCGGAGCUUGCUGAAGCAGAAGGCCUCAAAUGGGAAAAACAAGCAUCGGGAAGGAAUACCAAGUAUGAUUUUGUAGAUGUAGCUCACGUUUUAAAGAAGAUGAAGUUCCCAUUGACAAGCAUAAUACGACUGACAGACUGCAACGGUUGGAGUUAAAAAAUCAUCAUUUGUGUUCUACUGAAGAAACAAAGUCACCUACAGCUUGGAUGCCCUGGGGGAUUCCUUGGACUUCACAGCCACAUCUUCAGCAUUUUUAGCUGGAUUUUAACCUUUCCCAUCUGAAGACGGCCAUGGAAUCGACGGUCGAUGACGAUGCGAUGGAAGCGUGAAUGAGGUUUGGCGUGGCAAUAGCUGAACGAUGCCCAAGGGUGGGGGUUCUAAAACCCCCCAGCUGGAGGACUUCCCACUCAACACCGACAUGGUGGAAAAGCAGGGUGGGAAGAAGGAUAAAGACAAAGGCUCGUCAAACAAGACUCCUAAAUUGGACCGCAGCGAUGGUGUCAAAGAGAUGAAAGAGAAAGCUCCUAAGAGGAAGCUGCCCUUCACCGUCGGAGCCAAUGGAGAUCAGAAAGAUUCUGACUCUGAAAAACAAGGUCCAGAGCGGAAGCGCAUUAAAAAAGAGCCCACUAACACCAGGAAGUCAGGCCUGCCGUUUGGGAUGGGCAUGCCAGGGAUCCGGGCCGGGUACCCCCUCUCAGAGCGGCAGCAGGUGGCUCUUCUCAUGCAGAUGACGGCGGAGGAGUCCGUAAACAGUCCAGACACAACACCAAAGCAUCAGUCACAGUCAAGUCUGGGUCAGAAGGGAACACCAAACUCUGCCUCAAAAACCAAAGACAAAGUUAACAAGCGGAAUGAGAGGGGUGAAACACGGCUGCACCGGGCAGCCAUACGUGGGGAGGCACGCCGCAUAAAGGAGCUCAUCAACGAGGGGGCUGACGUGAAUGUAAAAGACUUUGCAGGCUGGACCGCACUGCAUGAGGCGUGUAACAGAGGGUAUUAUGAUGUGGCCAAGCAGCUGCUGGCAGCCGGGGCCGAGGUUAACACCAAGGGCCUGGAUGAUGACACGCCUCUUCAUGAUGCGUCUAACAAUGGCCAUCUCAAAGUUGUGAAGCUGCUGUUACGGUAUGGAGGGGAUCCUUGUCAAAGCAACAGAAGAGGAGAGACACCAUUAAAAGUGGCAAGUUCACAAACAAUGCUUAAUCUGUUGCUGGGAAAAGGCACUUACACCUCCAGUGAGGAGAGUUCUUCAGCAGAUUCUUCUGAAGAGGAAGAUGCCCCAUCAUUUGCCCCAUCGAGCUCUGUUGAUGGCAAUAAUACAGACUCAGAGUUUGAGAAGGGCUUAAAAUUAAAAGGGAAGGGCAUGGACCCACCCAAAUCUAUCACCACUCCAGUCAAGGAUGAGUACGAGUUUGACGAGGAUGAUGAGGAGGAGCGUGUCCCACCUGUGGACGACAAGCAUCUGCUCAAGAAAGAGUUCCGUAAGGAUCCCGUCAGCAAGACAAACAACUUUAUCUCCAUACCCAAGAUGGAGGUUAAAACCUAUUCCAAAAGCAACUCGCUAACACCAAAGAAGGCUGUGCGCAGGAUCCUAUCGGACAGCAACAGCUCGGAUGAAGACGACAGGACGUUGUGUUUCACGCCCACGACCACACCAAGGCAACCUGCACCUCAGACCAACGCAAAGAGCCGGGAAUCGACGUCGCUGAGCUCCAAGCAGCAAAAAGAGAAAAGUAAAGUCAAGAAGAAAAGGAAGAAGGAGACAAAAAAUAAUGUUAGCAAGGAGGUGCGCUUUGGUAAGUUCUGCACCUCAGACUCUGAGAUUGGGGACCUGGAGAGUGAGGACGACAAAGGAUCCAUGCAGAGUGCAAAUUGUGUAAAGGACUCUUCUACUUUGAGCCUUAAAGACCCCUCUGUCUUUAGCUCUCUGUCAGUCUCUUCGUCGUCCUCGCAUGGGAGUCUGAGCUCACAGAAACACACACAAUCUCUGGCAGAGCAGCACCCAAAGCAGUGGAGGACAGAUGGCUGGAAGACUGUGUCCUCUCCAACAUGGUCAGAUGAUGUCAGCUCCCUCUCGGACUCGGUCAGAACGAGGCUGUCCAGCGAGUCAGACUACUCGUCUGCCGACUCCAGCGUUGAGUCUGUGAAACAGGUGAAAAAGAAAGCGCAAGAUAACCGAAAGAAAAACAACACACAUGCCAGUGCAGUAGACAAAAAGAACUCUGAGUUUUACAAGAACUCAAACACAGAUGGAGCCAUUUCUAAAACGGACAAAGAUGGAAAGGUGUUGAAGAAACACAAAGUGAAACACAAACACAAAAGUAAGGAAAAAGAUAAGGCUCCAAGUGUGGUGUUGAGUCAAGACAUGAAUGAAAAGUUUGUCAAGAGCUUUUCUUUUGACUUUGAUGAUACACGGCAGAAAUCGCUAAUUGUUGAGACAGAGUCACCUUCUGAAAAUAGGGUCAAACUUUCCAAACAUGAGAAAGAUCAUUUUAAGAAGGAAGACAGACUGUCUAAAGGUAAAUCUGAAGACAAGGACUGGCCAGGUAAAGAAACUCAAAGGGUGAUCAAAGAAGAGAGGUCAAAGAAGACAAAGGAGUCAAACAAGGAGAAGGUGAGCAAAGAAGAGAGGGACAAACCUUUGAAGACUGAGAAGGAGAGAAGUAUAAAAGACAAAGACAAGGCAAAGGAGGAGAAGCAGAAAGCCCAUAAAGAUGAUAAAAAGAAAAAGUCUAAGGACAAAUCUCUUAAAAUUGACAAGAAGAAUGAACAAAAAGAAGACAAACAUUUUAAAUCUGAGAAAAGCAUAAAAGAAGAGAAGGAAAAGUCUAAGAGGGAUAAAAACAUCAAGGAGGAACCUGAUUAUGAAGACUAUGACUUAAAAAAUCACUUACUAGAGGAAACCAAAAUGAGUGCAUCAGAUGACCCCCAUGAUCGGUGGCAGUCAGACAUGUCUUCUGACAGUUCGCUUUAUGAAGAUGACAGCUGGGACGCCCCUGUAAAAGAAUAUAAAUCAAAUAAUGCGGUCAAGUUAAUUGUAGAAACAGUGAAGGAGGAAAGCAGGGACCGAAGGAAGGAAAAUAAAGUCAAGGAUAAAAAGCUAGAUCAUGGAGAUAAGCGUCCUGAAAAGGAACCUGCAUCAAAGAAGAAAGACAAGGAAUCCUCUGAAAAGAUUACUGAAAAGAAAAAAGACUGGACAGACAAACAAAAGUUUAAUUCUGGUCAGUCGGUAGAAAAGGAGAAGAAACGCAAAGAAUCAACAGAGGGUGUCAAAGAGAAGAAAGAGAAGGAUUCUGUGGAUGGCAGCAGAGACAGAAAAGAUUCCUAUGAGUUUACUAAAGAACGGAAAGACUCCAAAACAAAACAAGAAUCUUUGAGAGACGACUAUGGGAGUGAGGCCUUCUUUAAAGAAAAACCAGAGAAUGAAACAACUUGUAAGUCUGACCCCAGAGAGAGGAACCACUCUGGAAAGGAAAGGGAGAAGAAAAUGGAUGGUGUGGAAAAGAAAGAGAAGUCCAAAGGAGAAAAACACAAGGACAAGCCUAAGGACAGAAAUUUGGACCAGGAAAAAGAGAAACCUGAGAAAAACUCAAUUGAUAGAUCAAUGAAAGAGAAAGAUCUAGAACGGGCCCCCAAAGACAAGCGGGAUGGGGCUAAAGAAAAGCAUAAAGAUUCUCAUAUCAAGGACAAAGAAAGGAAGAUGUCAUCUGAACAGAAUAAAGAUAAGAAAGAAAAGACAUCCCAGGACAAACAUGCUGACAGAGAAAAAGAUUUCCUGGAGUUUAAGAAAGAGGAGAGAAAACCUGAAAAGGUGAGAGAGAAGACAUGGUAUACAAUUGCAGAUAUUUUUACAGAUGAGAGUGAAGAUGAAGAUGACAACUAUAAUGGGGGUGUUGCAAAAUUAAGUGACUCUCUUGGACUAUCAGAUUCUCACAGGAAAGAUUCCACACCAGACAGAGAUGAAAUGGAUAAUUUCCAAACAGAUAAACAUAAGAAAUACUCUGAGGGGAAAACACAUUCCACAGAAAAACAAAAGGAAAAGGAACAUAAAGAUAAGAAAAAGGAGAAGGCAACAUUUGAUGCUGGAAAAGAGAGGAAAGCCUCCAUGGAAAAACACAAAGAUAAAAAGGACAAAGAUUCAACUGACACAAAACACAAGGAACGUAAGGACAGAGCAUCUGUGGAUUCGAAUCAAGAAAAGAAAAGCAAGCAGAAACUUCUUGACAAGAAAGACGUCAGUGAAGAAAAGAGCAAAAACAAAUACAAAGACAAGGUAGAGCACUUAAAAGACAGAAAACUCUCAAAGGGGAGUGGUGAAAAUGAGAAAUCCUUGUUGGAGAAACUUGAGGAAGAGGCAAUGAAUGAUUAUAAAGAUGAUUCCAAUGAUAGAAAUAGUGAAAUUUCAUCAGACAGUUUCACAGACAGAGGUCAUGAGCCUGUUCUAAGCAGCUUUUAUGAUUCCUCCAACAUCAGCAUACCUGACAUGUCCGAGGAGAGAAGAGAGUCACUAUCCAUCUCUAAUCCACAGGAUAAGUUCAGAGAGAAAGAGAGGCAUAGACAUUCCUCGUCUUCAUCAUCCAAAAAGAGUCAUGACAAAGAAAAGGAGAAAGUCAAGAAAGAAAAGGGGGAUAAAAAAGAUAAGUCAGAGGAGAUCAGAGAAUCCUAUGGUCGCAGGGAAAGCUUGCCCUUUGACAAAGAACCCAUGCCUUUGGAGGCUGACCCUUACACUUUUCCGUAUAGUUCCAAAGUUGAUGGUGAGGAUGACUUGGAAAAGACUCUGGAGUUUGAGAAGGAGAUGUCCAAAAAAGACAAGACAAAUAGUGUCAUUAACAGUGAGAAAAUAAAAGACAAAAAGAAGAAAGAGAAACACAAGGAAAAAGUGAAAGAGGAAAAGCAUAAAUAUUCAGAUGGAUUUGGGUCCUUCAGACACUCAAAAGAAGAACAAAAAUCUGGAAUGAAGGAAAACACUCAAGUCACAAGUCUUAAAGAUAAAUCUAAAGAAGACAGCUCUAAAUUUGAUGGGAAAAAUAAGGAGAGGAAUAAAGAUAUCAUGGACAAAGAUCUCAAAGCAAAGGUCAAAGAUGAGAAUGACAAAUUCAGCCAGUCAAAAGAGACAACUCGAAAGGACAACCGCCCUCGUGAAAAGCUUUUGGUUGAUGGUGAUCUCAGACUAACAAGUUUUGGCAAAAUGCUUAGUUUAAAAGAUCAAGAGAUUGAAGAGCGCCAUAAGAGACACAAAGAAAGAAUGAAACAGAUGGAAAAACUGAGGCAUCGGUCAGGUGACCCAAAACUCAAAGAUAAACCUAAAUCAAAUGAAGAAGUGAAGAAGAACCGCAGUGAAAUUUCCAAAAAACCUGGUUCAGUGGAAAGUGCUUUGAAAGAAAAAAAGAAAGAUAUUGUCCUUCCAACCCAAAUGAUGUCACCUGAUAGAAAGCCAAUACCUAUGGACAGUCAGAACUCAAAAGACUGGCUUGCUGGCCACCAAAUGAAGGAAAGUCUUCCUGCAUCUCCAAGACCUGACCAGAACAGACCAACAGGUGUCCCCACCCCAACAUCUGUGAUCUCGUGUCCAAGCUAUGAGGAAGUCAUGCAAACUCCACGCACUCCAUCCUGCAGUGCAGAGGACUAUCCUGAUAUCAUAUUUGAUGGUCUUGACUGUCAGAAUUCCUCGGCCACCACUAUGUCCAUGAAUGCCUGCUCCCCUUCCUUCUUUGAUAGAUAUUCCAACUCAUCAAAUAACUUCCAGGAGGGAACAUGCAUAACACCAGCGAAGAACAUGCAAUUACCCCUUGUGAGUCGCUCUGUCACCUCUGAUGUCAGAAGACCACUUGAGAGUGAGUUCAAAGUAGAGGCAGAAAAGUUUUUACGACAACAACAUAUACCAGAAGGCACAGCAUUUGAGUCUUCAGCCUCACAUCUUACUGAGGACAAGAUUGCAGCUGACAGACUUAAUUGCCUUUCCCCAGCAUACUUUUCACCCCCUAUUGACAUGAUGUCUCCACGGCCUGACCUAUCACAACAUGAUAAAGUACCAGAUGAAGCGCCUACUGUAAAUUCCAUCAACGAUGGCAGUGAACACUUGGGGAGUGUCUAUAACAACUAUCUAAUGAAGCCUUCAACUCCAGUCCAUAGACCUGAACCCCAGGAGCCUUGUCUGGAUAUAGCUGCUCCUCCAACUCCAGCCCCUGCUGCCCUGCCUCCCAUGGAUAUUGAUGAUCUCUCAGAGCCACAGCAGAGUGGACCUGUUCUAAUGCCAGCUCACCCUGUCAGUGUGAGUGACUACUUGCCUCCUGUUGUUGAAGAGCAAGAAGAGGAUGAGGAGGAAGAUGAUUUUGUUGAGGAUGGCACAGAAGGUCACCACGCUGCAGAAGAGUCCAUCCAGUCGAGAAACGAUCCCACGUACGCACUCGGGAUUGAGGAAUCUGACAAAAAGGCUUGGCUUGAAUGUCCAGAUAGAAGAGAUCCUGAUGAAAUUCCCACAACACCAACCCAUCCGCAAGACAACUACAUGGAAAAUUCAUGUGAUCAGUCCUUAGGCUGGAAUUCAGAAGUGAUCAUGAAAUCACCUAAUGAGAGUUACAGAGAGGUUGAGGCAGCUGUGUCAAAGAUUAGCAGUCCAUAUUCACACUCCGAUUGUGAAAUGCAGCAUAUCCCAAGUGUAAUGCCCGUGACACCACCUCACUCUUAUUCCAGAGCAUACUGUCCAUCACAAAUAUCUGACUCUCAUUAUGAGCUCCACAAAGACACAGUGGAAGACAUUUCAUCACCAGAAAGACCUGUAACAGAGGCAUUGGAGUCAGAAUCACCUCAACUAGAAACUUUCUUCACUGAUUGCAAACCAAACCCUGAGGAAGCACAAAUGGACCUAGAGCCCCCAUGUAUGAUGAAAGACAAUAGGCAAGAGUCUCCCACCUAUGCUGCAGAGAACUGCAUGUCUGUAGCCCCACCAGUCAUCCAAGAACCUGUUGUUUCAUGGGCAGAUCCAUUCCCUGGUGCAGCUGAUGAAAUGGAUGACAUGGGUCCCUUCUCUAUACCAGAGCUUCCUUUUCAAGAGAAGGAAAUGCAGGACCCUGAUAUAACAGCCCCAGAGAUUGCAGAGAGCAAGCUUCCACCUUCUCAGACAAGACCUCCAGUCAUCGAGACAAGCGAAAAUGUUGAAAUAAUGGAUGUUGACUUGCCAAGUUUGCCCAAAACGUCUUGUUCUCCUGCAAUUGUGCCUCCUACAGAAUCUGGUCAGGAUUUGGUUCCUCCAAUAAGCGAGGAUGGAUAUAGACCGCAGUGUGAGUUGGAGCCAGAGCCUCAGAACAUCCUAGACGUUCCUCCCAUGAAAGAAACAAUCCCAGAGGAGAGGGGGGCAUUUGAAGAAGUGGAUGAAAACAAUGGAAAUUUGUUUUCUACAGACAGUGAAAAGGACAAUGAAUACAGGCAAAAAGAAACAACCCCAGAUACAAUGAUGCCAUCUGUUAGGGUACCAUAUUUGGAACUACCAGACACCACAAAACCACAUUCAUUAGGACAAAAUCCUGUGGUAGCUUUGGGCCCCUCAUGUAGCCCUCAUCCUUCUGUUCAGGUUCCAGCUGUCUCAAUGCCUAGCAGCACCCAAGUGUCAGAGGCCCUUGAGACAACCGCCAAGUUGUCUGUGACUAUACCAGUGUCUGAGGCACCCAAGAAAAUUGAGGAAAUACCUCAGAGGAUGACCCGGAAAAAGGCUCAGAUGCUGGCCAAUCAGAGCAAGCAGAGUGCCGCGCUAAGCUCAUCAAGCAUCACCUCUUCAGUAUCCUCCUUACCAAUCACCACAAAUGUGACCACUUCUUGUGUCACUGUAGAAAAGGAGAAAGAGACCAUCAGCUCAACCACAGCUCAGACAUCCACUCCUUCUGUACCUGCACUAAUCACCAAAUCAAAAGGCAGGCCUGUUGAGGAUGAUGACAACCAGUCCCAACAUCCACGCAAGAGGAAGUUUCCAAAAUCAGGCCAGCAACCGUUGCAGGUUCAGCUUGUGAACACUGCAAUGAAGCAGACUCGGGAGAUGAUCCAGCAGACUCUGGCAGUCAUUGUGAAUGCCAUCAAAUUGGACGAGAUAGAGCCAUACCACAGUGACCGAUCCAACCCCUAUUUUGAGUACCUUCAGAUCCGCAAGAAAAUUGAGGAAAAGCGGAAGAUUUUGUGUUACAUAACACCUCAAGCUCCCCAGUGUUACGCAGAGUACGUGACGUACACAGGCUCCUAUCUACUUGAUGGCAAGCCUCUGAGCAAGCUUCAUAUUCCAGUGAUUGCUCCACCCCCAUCUUUGUCGGAGCCCUUGAAAGAGCUGUUUAGACAACAAGAGGCAGUGAGAGGAAAACUAAGACUGCAGCACAGCAUCGAGAGGGAGAAGCUUAUUGUAUCUUGUGAGCAGGAAGUGCUGCGUGUUCAUUGCAGAGCAGCAAGAACAAUUGCAAAUCAGGCCGUUCCUUUUAGUGCUUGCACAAUGCUGCUGGAUUCUGAAGUCUACAACAUGCCAUCAGAAAGCCAGGUGAGUCUUCGUUUGAACACCUCAAAGAUGUUGCAAAGCCUACGAAUAGAUUUUAUUACAUUUCUAACAAAUCAUGAUCUCCAGGGGGAUGAAAACAAGUCUGUGAGGGAUCGCUUCAAUGCUCGGCAGUUUAUCUCCUGGAUUCAAGAUGUGGAUGAUAAGUACGACCGCAUGAAGACGUGUUUGCUAAUGCGGCAGCAGCAUGAGGCCGCCGCUCUGAAUGCAGUGCAGAGGAUGGAGUGGCAACUCAAGGUACAGGAGCUGGACCCUGCUGGACACAAAUCUCUGUGUGUGAACGAGGUCCCCUCCUUCUAUGUGCCAAUGGUCGACGUCAACGACGACUUUGUACUGUUGCCUGCGUGACAACGACACACAUUCAGACUCUGAGAGUUCGGUCUAAUAUUAACCAUCUGUCAAAGAGACAUCAAACAAAGUUCGGUAAGGGCUAGCCGGUUUGAGGAGAUUUCUUUGAGGAGAGAGAGAAAUAUAUAUUAUAUAGAAAAAAAGGUAAAUGGCAUAAAACUCAUCCUUUUCUGCCCGAGGAGGAACCAACCGUCUUUUUACGGGAGAAAACACAACUUGCACUUUUGUCCUCAAGUUUUUAUGGUUUUGUUUGGGAUUUGAAAAAGCAAAACUGCUUUGAACCUUGUCCCUCCUGUUUUUGGGUUAUUUGGGCGAACACAUGGGACAGCAUUUUUCUCUGUCCCACCCCAGUUACAACAAACAAAAAGCUUGAGACAGGUUCAUCCACCUAUGUGCUCCAGAACAAGGGGACAGACGGCACAGUGGUGGACACAAAACUCGGAACAGGGCCAACACCUCGAUGUGCAGGCACAAAAAAGACACAAAAGAGUGCGACAGGAUACCUUCUCCUUGUUUGGACCUGAGUCUACAAUGCCUACAGCAGUGGAGAGAGUGGCUUUCCUGCUGUAAAGCGCCCCAUGCAGCCCCACAUUCAGGGCAGGGAGCUGCAUACAGGCGGCAGCAGAGCGGGGAGGAGAGACUGCGUUCAGUUUUAGGGGCAUGAGACCUAGAGUGGCCUCACAUGGCGACAACAGUGCGUUUGGUCCCAAAUGCUGGAUUAAACGCAUGGACGGAUGGUCCCUAAGCCACGCCCAGUUUCAAACAACUGCAUAAGGAAAAAGACUAAUAAUGUAAGAGCAAAUGUUGCUGUCACAAAUCACGAGACAAGGACUUACAAGGUUAUAGUUUUUCUUUUCUUUUUUUUAUGUUUGUUUUUGGUUUAUGUCUUUCUUUACUCGGGCAUUUCAUUGUUCCCUUUCUGAGGAAGUGACUUGAAACACUACAGAGCCAACAUUAGUUUAAUGGAAAAAAAAAUAGAAAACUGAAAAAAAAAAAAGUAUUCCGUAAAUGAUGUACAGUUUUUAUAAUCAUUAACCAAUGUAUUCUCGCUGCCUUCUAGAUAAUUUAUUUUGCCACACAUUACUGCACAGUUGUAAAUAACUUAUGUACUGUAACAUCACUCAGUCAAGUGUAAAAAAAAAUAAAUGAAUAAAAGUUAUCAUUGUAUGUACAGUUCACUUUCGGGCAGCACUUCCCCCCCCAUCACCCCCCUCCCCCCUCAAUCCCCAUGGGCCAAAAGUUGAACACAUCGUCAGUAUUUUCAAGACUUCCAUUCAAUAGUCCUUAAAGGGACAGUUCACCCGAAAAUGAAAAUUCUGGCAUCAUUAACUCACCCUCAUAUGGAAGCUUGUUUCCACCAUGAAAGUUGAAACUUUUUCCUCGCAAUUGCGAGUUUAUCAUGAAAGUCUGACUUUAACUCGCAAUUCUGACUUUUUUUUCCUCAAUUUCGAGCUAUAAAGUCAGAAUUGCAAGUUAUAAAGUCAGAAUUGAGUUUACAAAAGAGAUAAACUCGCAAUUCUGAGAAAAUUCAAUUGCAAUUAUAUCUCGCAAGUUCAGUUCAAAAUUGCAUGAUAAACUCACAAUUGCAAAGAAAAAGUCAGAAUUGUGAGAGUCACAAUUCUGACUUUUUUUUUGCAAUUGCGAGUUUAUUGCGCAAUUUUGACGUUAUUUAAGACUCAAUUGUGAGUUUAUAUCUCGCAAUUCUCCGAAUUGCAAGUUAAGGUCAAAAUUGCGUGAUAAACACGCAAUUGCAAAAAAAAAGGUCAAAAGUGCAACUUUAUAUCAUGCGAUUUAUAUUAUAACUCAAUUCAGACUUUAUAACCCACAAUUGUGAGUUUAAAUCUCGUAGUUCUGAGAAAAGUUGUAAACUCACAAUUACGAUUUGUGAGAUAAAGUCGCAAUUACCUUUAUUUAUUUUUAUUUUAGUGGUGAAAAUAAGCUUCCAUACCCUCAAGUUGUUUCAAACCUUUAUGAAUUUCUUUCUUCUGCUGAAAUACAAAAGAAGAUAUUCUGAAGGUUUGUAACCAAACAGUUGUUGGACCCCAUUGACCUCCAUAGUAUUAUUUUUCAUACUAUGGAAGAUAUUGAAGCCCAUCAACUGUGUUUGGUUACCCAUAUUCUUCAAAAUAGCUUAUUUCGUGUUCAGCAGAACAAAGAAAUUCAUAAGGUUUGGAACUACAUGAGGGUGAGUAAAUGAUGACAAAAUUUUUCAAUUUUUAGUGAACACUCCCUUUAAAGAUUCUGUCCAAGGCUAGUCAAAGUAAAUCUAGAUUGUCAUCACCACCAUCAUUAGGCAACACCAUUUCUCUCCUGAUUACUCUGUCAGGGCCACGAUCAUAGUUUCCAGAUGUAGCAGAGUGAUUAUGGAUUUAUUUAAAGAAUAGUAGAGGUAUAUUAUUCAUCGUUUUAUUACACAAGUAUAUAUCUUUAAAAAGUAUAAACCAAGAAAAUGCCUUUAUACAGUUAACGUCUCUGAUUUAUUUUUUUUUUCUUCUUCUAAAGCCGCACAAGUCAUAGGAAGUAGGAUAGGACGCGAUUUACUUCAUUUGGGUCUUUCCAAAUAUACAACCACCCCAUGAUUGAAUUUAUUACACAUUGUACCAUGGGAGUUUUUUGUGUCAUGCCCUCUACUCAUGUUACAGUCAUUAUUAAGACACGAAACUGCAAGUUUCUUUUAAUCUCCCACCUCACCCUCUUUUCUGCACUAUACAACCGUUCUUAAAGAUCUUAGCGAUUAAAAGAGUUUGGGAAAUAAGAUAUCACCUCUCAUUAGUUCCAUUCCAGCUUUUGUUCCGUUUUAUUUGUAAUAUUGUAAGAGUCUAAAUCUUAUCUGCAAAUAGAAGGAAAUGCAUUGCAUUUACAGUUCUUCUCUUAGUCCCAAAGCAAUUGAGUUUUUAAUGUGUGACUCUUUGAAGGUGACUUGAAUCGCCUGACGCUUAGAAAUGAUACUUUUACAGAUCACAAAAACACACUUCCGUUCUUGGACUCACUAUUUGUAUACAUGGGCUCGCUGACUGUUUUUUCAUAUUUAACAUCCUUGUUAAUCUCCCCUUACAGUAUUUUUUUAAAAUGCACCAAUGUCAAUUCUGAUUUUAUUUUGUCCUUUACCAUCUGAGUAAACUUUACAGUACAUUUAGAUGUUCGAAUUCAACCUAGAGGGGACUAGUGCAAGAGAAUUGUUUUUUAAAGAGUUUUAACUUCUAAUUAUUAGAUUUUUUUUUUUUUUUUUUUCGGGGGGAGGGGAACUUGAAAUGUGUUUUGAUAUUUUACCCUUUCUCAUUACCUGCCUGUACUUCAGUGUGAGGUUGUGUGAUGUUUGCUUAACCAUCCAGGCUAGUGUUUUUCUUUCUUUCUUUCUUUUGUUUCCAUGUGUGGUUGUGAGUCUGUGAAAAUCCCACAUGACGCAGUUGUGUAUGUGUGCAUUGAGUCUGGGUGCAACAGGUGUCACUAGUUCUGCAGGUAAUUGUUUUGGAUGACUCAUGUCCUGGUGUUUUGUGAGUACUGUGCAGUGCAGAAGAACACAAUGUCUACAAACAGUGCAUAAUAAUGAAUAGCUUUCCAUUCAUAUUCCAGUGCUUUCUUUUGUUGCGUGGUGGUUCUUCUAACAAAACCCCUUGAUUUCAGACAAGUGCUUUUGAUGUUAUUAGGUGCAUUUUUUUGUUUGUUUUUUUGCCCCACAUGAAAUUGAAUUAGUGACUUAUGUAUCAUCACUAAGCCCUUGUAUACUUACUGUUUACAAGAUAUGUGAAUUUCCACUGUCCUCUGACCUGGUGAAGGCUUUUUGGGUUCCCACACAACUGAUUCCAUUUUAAAAGGCUUGAAAUUGUGAUGUGAUAGAAAGUAUAAACUGAUUUCCACUCUUCAGUGCCCAUAAGCCAUAAGGUUCGUUACAUUUUUUUUAUUGAAUACUGUAUUGGGACUAACUGACCAUGAGAUUGGUAUGGAAGCUUGUUUCCGCCACUAAACAAAAAAUUGAAAAGGUAAUUGCGACUUUUUAUCUCACAAUUCUGACUUUUUUUUCUCAGAAUUGUGAAAUAUAAAGUCACAAUUGCGAGAUAAAAAGUCAGAAUUGCGAGUUAUAAUGUCAGAAUUGUGAUAUAAAGUCGCAAUUGCGAGUUAUAAAGUCACAACUGCGAGAAAUAGUCAGAAUCAGGAGAUAUAAAGUCACUUUUGUAAGAAAGUGUCACAAUUGCGUGUUAUAAACUCAAUAAGAAUAAGACCUGAGGAAAAAGUCAAGAUUUCAACAAUUCUGAGAGAAAAAAGUCAGAAUUGCACCUAUAUCUCGCAAUUGCAUGUUAUAAAGUCAGAAUUGCGAGAUAUAAACUCAAAAUUCAGAGAAAAAGUCAGAAUUGCGACAAUUUUGAGAGAAAGUCAGAAUUGCGAUGACAAAUUCUGUGAAAAAACUCACAAUUGCAACUUUAUAAUUGCGAGUUAUAAAGUCAGAAUUGUGAGAUAUAAAGUCACUUUUGUAAGAAAGUUACAAUUGCGUGUUAUAAACUCAAUAAGAAUAAGAAACUUUUUUCUUAGAAAAAAAGUCAGGAUUGCACCUAUAACUCGCAAUUGCGUGUUAUAGUCAGAAUUGCAAGAUAUAAACUCAAAAUUCAGAGAAAAAGUCAGAAUUGCAACAUAAUUUUGAGAAAGUCAGAAUUGCGACAAAAAAUUCUGUGAAAAAACUCGCAAUUGCGACUUUAUAUCGCAAUUCUGAGGGGAAAAAAGUCUGAAUUGUGAGAUAAAAAGUCGCAAUUAUACUUUUUUUUUUUUUUUUUUUUUUUUUUUUUUUAUUCAGUGGUGGAAACCAGCUUCCAUAGAUUGGACAACAGAAACACAUGCUUGCCUGUUGACUCACUGACCUCUGUCUGCAACACAUUACCUCUACUAAUAACACAUUACUGAUUAUUCCAUUUAUAGAUAGCCACAAUUUCAAGCCUUGUUUUAAAACGUUUGUUUUCCACAAAUCCAACAGAUCCUUCUUGAAAUGGAUCUGAGCUCCUCUAACACAUGUUGAACUCUAUAUAAAUAGUGAGAAAUAACCUAUUUAUUAUCUUUCUGACACCUGUGGUAUGUUUGAGUUUGAAGGUCUCCGCUGUGUAAAUUUUCCUCUUGUAAUGCGUAAAACGAGACGUUGUACAUAGAUGUAAAUAAUAUUCCAGGACGUUUUGCACCCUCCUCUUUGUACUAGUCUAAACUUGCGUAGAAUGUGAGAUUCUAACAGCAACGAGACGUGUCGCACUCGCUGCCGGUGAUGUAACAAUGUAUCUUUUUUUAUUUGUACAAUGUAGUUCAAUUGUGUACAUAUUGUUGGAGCAGCUAUGGGAGGGCGGGGUUUGUUGAUGCUAUGUCAGUGCUGUCAAAGAUCCAGUACUUUCACCUUUAGCUGUGUUGAUAUCCUGCAAUUCAAAAAGCGAGAAACUAAAAAUGAAUAAAAAAAUAAAAAAAACUUAACGGAGAGGAAAAAUUCAAAAUUGUUAUUUUCUACACUUGCAUGUACAGAGAGCGCGAGAACUGCUGUUGUUCCUCAGAGAUUAUGUUCGUAAAUAAAUUUUUGAAAUGA